AUGGACGAAUCUCCGAUGAACAACCUCCCACAGGAGACGCUCCACCAGAUCUUCUCCUCCCUCACCCUCCGCGAAAUCGUCGCCUGCCGAUCCGUCUGCAGAUCCUUCCGCCAAACCCUCACUUCCCCUUCCUUCAUCUCCCUCCUCCUCUCCUCCAAACCUCCCCUCUCUCUCAUCGCCCUCCGCCCUCCUCCCCACCUCCACCACCACCGCCACCACCACUCCCUCCUUCUUCCUCCUCCUCCUCAGCCUUCUUUCCCCGCCUUCGACCCCAGCGGCCGCCGCUGGCUCCGAUUCGACCUCUCCUUCCUCCCCUUCCGCUCCCUCCACCCCGUCGCUUCCGCCGCCGGCCUAGUCUACUUAUGGGCCUCCGAUCCCUUCCCCGACCUCACGGCUUCUCCCCCUUCCAACAGCAACAAAUCCCUCCUCGCUUGCAACCCUUUGACUCGCCAGUUCAAGGUCCUCCCCCAGCUCGGCUCCGCCUGGUCCCGCCACGGCGCCGUCCUGGUUGACUACGACAACCGCGUCAUGGUCCUGAUGGAGCCCGCCGCCCUGUACCUGCCCGACAUCGCCGCCGAUUCAUGGGUAACUUUCGCUUCCAAUCUCCCUGCGAAACCUAGGAGCCCUGUUUUGAUCUCCAGCUCUGUUUUCGCCCUGUGCGAUGUUGGCUCCCCGUGGCGAUCUCAGUGGAAAUUGUUCACCUGUACUUUGAAUUUGAAUAAUUCGGUUCCAGUUCAUGAGCAAUUGGGUGUUUGUAGUGGGAGUGGGGUGUUCUCUUCGUGUUCCUCGAAUCAUAACAACUGGGUUUGCUUGGAGAAGCAUGAAUGGGCGGAUAUAUUCGAUCUCAUCAAGCGGCCUCGUCUGGUGCGUGGGGAUGGGAACAAGCUGCUGAUGAUUGGUGGGUUGAAGUCGACCUUCUCGUUGAACCCGUCUUGCUCGACGAUGCUGAUACUUAGGCUGGAUUUGGAGAAGUUGGAGUGGGAGGAAGCUGGGAGGAUGCCACUGGAGAUGUACAGGUGUUUUCUCGAAUCCAGCAAGUUGAAGGUGUUUGGUGGAGGGGACAGAGUGUGUUUCUCAGCCAAAAGGCUUGGGAAAAUAGCGCUGUGGGAUGAUUCUGGAAGUGGGAAGGAAGGGGAAGGAGAAGGGGCGGCGUGGAGAUGGAUCGAUGAAGUGCCUGGCGGUGGAGAUGGGAUUUCCAGAGGGUUUACUUACGAUGCACGGCUCACUGCAUUGCCUUGA